AUGGAGGUGUCUGCUGGCCCUCUUUCCGAGCCGAGCUGGAUUGCAAUACAUCGUGAAAACGCUCCCUCUUACACUAGGAUGGGAGACGUCUGUUUUGGUACAACGUUCAGCACCAAUCUGGAACCAGACACAUUAGGUCAACGAAUACGGAGUGCAUUAUGCUAUUUGCGGUUCGUAGCCCCUUUGCUAGGAGCCACCAUAGAAAAGGAUGGCUGCGACCCAGUACAGUAUUGGUGGAAAUAUACUCCGGUGACCACUGUUCAGGAUGUAGAACGAUGGGCCGUGCAUAGUCUCGAGAUUUUGCAUGACAAAAUCGAUCCUGAUGUGUUUGUGACGGAAAUAGUCUCGAAACGGCUGCCGUAUAUCCAUCCUGACGGAGUACGACAACACUGGAGACUAUACCUACUGACAAACUCACGGCAGGGCAAGUUUUCAGUUUUCAUACACGGUGUCCAUGCCAUCUUUGACGGCAACUCGAAUACCAAUUUUCUCCGGAUCCUUUUCGAAGAAGUCACUCUAUGCGACGUCACGCAUGGAGCUGAUCGACUCUCGUGGGGAGAGGAAUGGAGAAAUCUGCCCCCAGGACCCGUCACCGCUACUGGUGGACAUCUAUUGAACUGGGAAAGCGAAGGGGUUCCCAUGUUGCGGCGAUGGCAGACCCUGCGGACGAACGACAUCCCUUCUCGUCAAGAGGUGCAGAAUAUUGGCGUGAUUAUGAGAAUAUGCGACGUACUAGAUGCGGAAACGUCGUCAUGUAUCCUCAACGGCUUGAAGACGGUUGGACAUACGAUCACCCGACUGCUUGAGGCGGCGUUCAUUCUCGCCAUGUUUGAACUGAAUCCAGUGCUCGGUGUUCCGGCCAAGGACGCACACGUAACGCUAGACCUGACCUUUAUCGCUCUUACAAAAUAUCUCGUUCCUCCUUACAACCGGCCUUCGCACAUCACCUCGACGUCCGUUGUCGUGCCUCUCAUCGUCCCAUUCUCGACUUUCGACACACAGGACGGUCCCCGUGCGAAGCUGUGCUGCAUCAUGGAUCGUCUGCAAGAGGAGUAUUCUCACUACCUGUCCAACCCGCAUCUGCCACACCUUACCGCGAAUAUCUUCGCCUCGAAGCCACUCCGUGUUCCGCCUUCCGAGACAUGGAAGAAUCCAGCUGCAUUGAUGAUUACCAAUGUCGGGCUCAUUGACGGAAGGCUUCCCUUACGGUACUCGUGCAGUGACUCGCAUGCGGAAUGUCAUAUUGACGUCGAAGAUGUUGCAUUCUCGAAUCGUUGGUCCCACAGCGCUAGACCGCUCGUGCAUAUGUGGACGAUGCGCGGAAAAGUGCAUUUUCAGGUGAUCGGUACGGACGUGUGGGACGAGACGUAUAUGCGCGAAUACCUGCGACGAGCGGUCGAUCUGGUCAACACCUUCGCCAACGACCGCUGAUAUAGAGAUGAAAUGCGAUAAGAAAGCUAUGGGAGCGUGUGAACGUCAUGAAAGUUGAAUCACGAUUGUCGAGUGCGUUAUAUAUGCAGACGCUGGCAAUCCGUCGAUUCAAAACACGAUCACGUGCUCAUCUACGAGAUGGCGUGAAGUCGAAGAGGUACAGCACUCUGUAAAAACCGCUUGGUAGCUCAAGAAAUACUUGAUACACGUUCACUG